UCUGAAGAACAUUAUCCCCAUCAGUAACCAAAAAAGCCUCUACUCUUCUUCUACUUACACCUCUCUCCCAUUUCUUCCUCUGCAACUUCCUCUCUCACAUGGAACCUCUCAACUGCAUACUCCUCUUUCUCAUCACCUUCAUCUUCCUCAAAUUCCUCCACUCCCUUGUCACAAAACAACACAACCUCCCACCAGGUCCACAAGGUCUCCCCAUCAUAGGCAACCUCCAUCAACUAGGCCAAAAGCCUCAUCAAACCCUAGCCACACUCUCCAAAACUCAUGGUCCAAUAAUGACCCUAAAACUAGGCCAAAUAACCACCAUAGUUAUGUCCUCGUCACAAACCGCUAAGUCAGUCCUUCAAAUCAACGACCAACAUCUCUCUAACAGAACUGUCCGUGAUGCAAUGAGAGGUGCUAACCACCAUAACUACAGUUUACCGUUCCUCCCUCUAAGUCAACGCUGGAAAGACCUAAGAAAAAUCUGUAACAACUUAUUAUUCUCUAACAAAAACCUUGACUCCAAUCAAACACUCAGACACAACAAGCUUCUAGAACUAUCAAACGAUAUAUACGAAAGUGCAGCGAAAUUCGAAGCUGUUAAUAUCGGAAGAUUAGCUUUUAAAACUACCAUAAACAUGUUGUCGAAUACGAUUUACUCAGUUGAUUUGAUUCCGUCGAGUGAUAAAGCUGGUGAGUUUAAGGAGAUAGUUACUAAUAUUAUGAAGGAAGUUGGAAGAGCUAAUGUUGCUGAUUGUUUUCCUGUGUUGAAGAUUUUGGAUCCUGUUGGUAUUAGAAGAAGAACCGGUGAGUAUUUUGGGAAGUUGUUGGAUGAUUUUAGAGGGUUGGUUGAUGAAAGGUUGAAGAUGAGAGAGUUGAAGGGCUAUUAUGGUAAAAGUGAUAUGUUGGAUACUAUGCUUAAUGAUGAGAAUAAAAAUGGUGAUAAGUACGAAGAUAAGAUUGAACGUUUAUCAGUGGACUUAUUUGUGGCAGGAACUGACACAGUGACUUCAACAGUAGAAUGGGCAAUGGCUGAAUUACUUCACAACCCAAAUGUUAUGUCAAAAGCAAAAUCAGAGAUAAACCAACUUAUUGGCAAAGGAAACUUAGUUCAAGAAUCAGACAUAGCAAAUCUCCCUUACUUACAAGCAAUAGUAAAAGAAACAUUCAGAUUACACCCAGCAGUUCCACUUUUACUACCAAGAAAAGCUGAAAUUGAUUUAGAGAUAAAUGGCUAUAAAGUCCCAAAAGGUGCACAAGUGUUGGUGAAUGUUUGGGCUAUUGGGAGGGAUCCAAGUUUAUGGGACAAUCCAAAUGAGUUUUUACCUGAGAGAUUUUUAGGGUCAGAUAUUGAUUUUAAAGGUAGAAAUUUUGAGUUGAUACCUUUUGGUAGUGGGAGAAGAAUUUGUCCUGGUUUACCUUUGGCUAUAAGGGUGAUGUUUUUGAUGUUGGGUUUGUUUAUUAAUUGUUUUGAUUGGGAACUUGAGGGUGGAAUCAAACCUCAGGAUAUGAAUAUGGAUGAUAAAUUUGGACUUACUUUGGAGAAAGCUCAACCUUUGCUAGCUGUUCCAAUUAAAGUAAGCAAUAGUUGAAAAAUUCAUGUGGUGAAAUAAUCUACAGUUUGAGUGAGUACUUCAAUGAUAUCUUAAGGUGCUAAAGACUUUUUUGAAUAAAUAUUGUAUUUGAGUUUGUUUUGUUAUGUAAUGCAUCAUGUUUAUUUUGUCAAUGUUGAUGUUGUAAUGUAGUGAAAAUGUCAAUGCCAUCAUGGGCAGGCCAGUGAGGAAAUCAAUUUGAAUAUUUCAUGUGACGAUUGAAGCUAGCUUAUUAAUAAAUUUUGUGACCUAAGCUGUGGCUAGUAAUUUAUUCAUGCAUUUAAUAAUAUA